AGCUUUCAAAUAAACUGAAGUUUAUAACAUUAUAUUAAGAGCCAUGCCAACUAUUUGGAUAUUUGGGCUACUUCUUCUUUAUCUAGAUCAAACUCGAGCCAUAUGGUUUCCCUGGUAUUUUCACAAAUAUGGCUUAGAAUCUCAUAGUUUACGACAUCAUGGAGACGCAACGAGUGGAGCCCAGCAACCAGGUAAGGUCCCAGGAGCACCACCAAAGCCUAACAAAUCAGGUAAAGACAAGGGGAAAGAGAAAGGCAAAACCAGUGAUACUUGUCCACCGGGUUAUGAACAUCGUCCACCUAAUAGUAAGUCUAAAACAGCGAAUACUUCAGGCGCUCAGUUCUGCGAUGACAAUCCCAUCUUAUUGCAAUUGGCUCGGCUCUAUGCCGUUAGUCCGGAGAGAAUUGUGCUCUUGUUGGCUCAGCCCUCGCUCAUGGACUCAUGCGGGGAAAUCGCUGAUGUGCUCUCGCAUAUACAAGCGUCUACACGGGAUUGUCUUGUGGCUGAGGAUAAUAUCUAUGGCAAGUUAACCAAUGGCUUGGACUAUUUUAAGACUGAAGUAUGUGAUGGAGGUGAUGGUAGCAAUAGGAAACGUUGCACUCAUCUAACCGAUGCCCACAAUUGCAUCAAAGAACUUCGCACGGAUAUGAUUGAGUGUGAGGCACCAGCCGAUUGGUAUGAGCGAAAGAAUUCCACCAAAGUUUGUCAGCAAUUUAACGAUAUCCUCGAUUGCUACUAUACACGUACGGCCAUGUUAUGUGGCCUAGAGCCGGCUAAGCAGCUAAGAUCGUUUGCUGGUGAUAAUAUGCGACGAUCCAUGAUCCAUUCGUGUUCUGUUAAUAAGCGUUUGCCACGAGUGGAUGAUGUUAUGCCUUCGAAAGGAUCUAUUAUGCUAUCAUUAUCAUUUUGGAUUUCUAUUUACUGUUUGAUAUCUAUAUAUUUCUUUAACUAAACGACCAAAAGUGGGCGAAACUAUUUGGAAAUACAUUAUACAUAGAUAUAUAUUGAUUCAUUUAUCAUUUCGAGAAAUGACCAGAAAUGGCAACUUAAGUGUUUUGCUAUUUUCCUCAACUAAAUUUCAAUAAAUACCCAAGGGACUUAAGCUGUCGACAAAAUAA